AGUCGGUAUAGCGCGGGGUUGGUCAGCCGACGCGACUGACCUGAUGAUUCGAGAUACAUCUAUAAGACUGCUCUCCGCAACGAUGCCAAUAACUAGGGCCCCAAGAUCCUCAGCCCAAUGCACGUAUAGACCAGUCCACGAUGUGGCCAGCACGCCGAAGCACCGUGCUCGCGGCGUUGGCCGCCCAAGCCCUAGCCGUCACGCAAAUCACGGACGAGGAGAUGCGAACCCUGCUGAACCAAGAUGACGGCGUCGAGCUUGCGGACCGCUACGCGCCGCUCUGGUUCUUCGGCCAAGCCCUGAACGAGGAGCCCUGCUACCCGACCUGGGCCUUCGGGGGCUCGCCCGACUCGCCCGACGUCUACAACGCGGCGCACCAGACCGCACCGGCGCCGCAAUGCGAAUACCCCGACGUGGGCUGCGAAUGCCGCAACCCGGGCGUUGACGCCGGGAAUCCCGGCCCCGCGUCCGCGUUCCCGAUCUACUACACCGUGCAGCGGUGCAAUGAGACCGAUGUGCGUGUGGUCUAUAAUCUCUUCUAUGAGAAGGACGGGGCCAAGGUGCUCGACCUGAUUGACACCGGGCAUGACUAUGACUGGGAAAGAGUCAUCAUUGUGCACUCGCGCGACGCGAACGAGCUGUGGGCGCCUUCGCGCGCCCUGCUGUCGGCUCACAGUGGCUACCAUAAUCUGGCCUGGAGCCAGAUCCAUAGCACGCUGACGAGUGAGGAGAUCGCGGCUGGCGACGCGCGCGCGCCGGACGGGGUGCGUGGGAAUGACCAUCCGAAGGUGUAUGUCUCGUGGUCGAAGCACGCGCAUUUCGAUACCAGAGACACGAUCUGGGUCGACCCGAUCAGCCAGUCCACGGACAAUGCAUUUCGCAGUGACGAUUGGUGGUACUACGUCGAGCAGCAGUACUAUAUUCGAUCGGACAAUUCCACCGAGGCAGGGAAAGCCUUGGGCGGCACGGAUUGGGGAUCGGCGACCAGCAAUCCUCCUUCUGUGCAGGCAAGCGUGUGCUCGGCUUCAUGAGGAAGGGGGCAUUAUUUCCUUGAGAUAUAGAGUUGCAAAGAACCAUAAACUUUCCUUGCCAUUUCAUGAAGACAAUGUCUAGUGUUUAGUGUUGACGCGGCCCAGCCUGUAGUGUUGCAGCGAUAGAUAAAUGCGCGGAUCUCGCGAAUGACGUCGACGGGUCUUCUCCUGUCUUCUCC